CCUUUCCUUACAACCAUAACCAUUUUGGCUGCGUGCAUUUCCUUGCUUUUUCACAUUUCCCUCCUCUGAAGUGAAUUUACUUUCUCUGAACAGAUCAAGUUCGGGUUAAUGUUGUACAACGAACAGUCCAUACACCUCCUCCUGCUCCUGCUCCUGAUGCCAGCACAUCUGCUGCUCCUUUUCCUGCUGGCAAGUCUCAUUUCAAGCAAACAUGGUCACUUGGAGAUCAAGUUCGGGUUAAUGUUGUACAACGAACAGCCCAUACACCUCCUCCUGCUCCUGCUCCUGAUGCAGCCAGUGCACCUGCUGCUCCUUUUCCUGCUGGCAAGUCUCAUUUCAAGCAAACAUGGUCACUUGGAGAUCGUGUUCGGGUUAACGUUGUACAACGAACAGUCCGUACACCUCCUCCUGCUCCUGUUGCUUGUGAUGUUUAUCAACCUGAUGUUUCACCCCCACCAGCCGGUGCACCUGCUGCUCCUCCUCGUGCUUGUAAAGAAUCUAUUCCAAGUUACUUUAUGCCCCGAGGAGUCAGUAUACCUGUUGGUCCUGUUCCUAAUGAAUCUAUUCCGAGUUACUUUAUGCCCCGAGGAGUCAGUACACCUGUUGGUCCUGCUCCUUCUGUAUGCUGGGCGGUGCCUAGACACAGAUCCCACAGUUUGUCAGAAUCUAUUCCAAGUUACUUUAUGCCCCGAGGAGUCAGUACACCUGUUGGUCCUACUCCUCCUGUGUGCUGGGGAGUGCAGGCAGGCAGGACUUACCAUGUCUCACAACCAUCAGGCUCAUUACUCAUCGUUUUGCCAUCCAGAUCACAGAUGAAUUCCUCCUAUGUUAUCCUACCAAAUCCUUUCUCCACUUCCAAUCCCUCUAAUUGGAGUGCGCAAGCAACUGGGAGUGGCUCUACAUUCAGCUCAUGCUCCGGUUACAGAUCUUGGCCAUUCAGCAAUUUUUGGUCUUCCGGUCCCUCCGACUCAUCCUCCAGUUUUGGAUCACGCAGAGCCUAUUCUGUGCCUUCAUUCAGAUCUUUUCUGAACCAGAAUAUCUCAGCCAGAACCAGA